CCAUUAUCGGCAUUGACAUUUUACAAUUGACAGCUAUUUCGAAGUAUAGAAAUUAUUUGCUUGGGUGUGUUGUAUUUGAUAAUUAUUUAUGUUUAUAAAUAAGAAUUAUUUACUACUAAAUAUUCGAAUAAUUAUAAAACGACACAAAACUUAGACUAUUUAUAAAUAACAGUAAUUAUGGCUCAAUCUCAGUUUUCAGUGUCAUGGGAAGCAUAUCCGACUAACAUUUGCAAUGGCUUGAGUGCACUUCAACAGAAUGGAGACUUUGUGGACAUGACUCUAGCUGCAGAUGGCCACUUUGUGAAAGUACAUCAAGUCAUAAUGGCUCUUGCUAGCCCAUUCAUAAAAGACAUCCUUGGUUCUAUGAGCUGUACUCAUCCUGUCAUCUUUUUAAAUAAAAUAUCAUACACCACACUUAGUUCAAUACUAGAAUAUGUCUACACGGGAGAAGUAUUGGUGUCUAUUGAGAAUCUUAGCGAACUAAUACAAGCAGGAAGGGAGCUGCACAUCAAGGGACUUGAAGAUAUGCUGCACCCAAAUUUACCGUCAAAUCAGCGGCUACUGGUAAACAACACAACUGUGGACGCAAUGGAUGAAGAGAUUUGUUACUUUGAAAUAUCUGAACCUAAAAGUGUGGAUGCUAAUUCUAAUGCAUCCGAUAGUUUAUGCCCAUUAAAAUUAGAAGAAGUCACUGUGGAAGAAAGAUUAGACGACACAGAAGAGAAAUUCAAUAAUGAUUGUAAUAUAUCCAUGAGUAGAUUAUGCAGUGAGAAAGCGGAUGUCGGUUCUAAAAAACUUGAUACCAAUAACGUGAUGAGCGUGAUGCAGUACACGGUGUCCAACCAGGGCUCGCUGCAGAUGAUCCUGAACAGGUUCGUGUACUAUCUGAAGCACACGAACAGAAACAGCACGCGGCAGUGGCGGUGCGUGGACUACGUCAGCGGCGUCAAGUGUCCCGCGCACGUCGUCACCAAGGGGGAUGUCGUGUUGCAGAGGAUCUCGGUACACACACAUCCGUUUCACGACAAAAAGAUAUUGAAAAAGGUACAAAGCGGCGCUAUAUUUUCAGCCAUAACGGAGGCCGAGCGAGAAGGCAAAGAGAAAAGACGGGCAAACGACACUAAUGUAGACAGUAAUGCAUCAAAAUAAAUAUGUA